AUGUAUGGCGAUGAUAACGCGAUCGAAGACGACGACGGCGAUGGCAAUGAUGACGUUCAAACGCAGAUUUUGUACAAGGGAAUACGUGAAAAUGUUCAGUCCAAGAUCACUUACGGAGGCACCUGGGAAACUGAAGGAACAAAGAAGUCAGCUCCUGCUCUACCUGCUCAUUACACGUGGCAGACCUUUGCAGACGACAUCUAUACAGGGCAGACAAUCGAAAGCAAUGAGGAGCUCACUGAGAAGUUGACAAGAAGGUUUGGGCACGAUCGUUGGAUCUCCAUGAUAAUCGAUCCCAUCACAAACGGGUGCAAACAAGUGAUCUUCGGAUCAGGUUAUGCGGAGCUCAUGGGCUUUCAUCCGGAGGAAUUCUCGGCUCGGCUCGCAGCCAACAAUCUUCCCUUUCCUUCAUCUGAGGUCUGA